AUGAGAAUCUUCAGAAUCGUAUCGGUUUCGUCACGAAUCUUCCCGUCGAGCCACUACGCAACACUCCCGUCUAAACAUAACGUUUCUUCUUCUCUCUCACCGGCGGUCUGCAUUGCGGAAGCUCUUCAAGAACACAUCAACUCUCCGGCACCAAAAGCUGGAAAGAAGAUUCACGCAGAUAUUAUCAAAACUGGGUUUAGACCAGAUAUGAACAUAUCCAUCAAACUACUCAUCCUUCACUUAAAAUGCGGCUGCUUGAGUUAUGCACGCCAAGUGUUCGACGAAUUACCCAGUCCAACAUUAUCUGCUUACAACUACAUGAUUAGUGGCUACAUGAAGAAUCGUUUGAUCGAGAAAAUGCUUCUUCUAGUUCGACGGAUGGUUUACUCUGGGGAAAAGGCAGAUGGGUAUACACUUUCCAUGGUUCUAAAGGCAUCUAAUGGUCUUGGCUCGACUACGAGACUGCCGAGUAGCUUAUGCAGGUUGGUCCAUGCCCGGAUUAUAAAAUGUGACGUUGAACUAGAUGAUGUGUUAUGUACAGCACUUGUGGAUGCUUACGUGAAGAGUGGGAAUCUGGAAUGUGCAAGGACUGUAUUUGAAACUAUGAGAGAUGAGAAUGUCGUUUGUUCUACAUCGAUGAUCUCAGGUUAUAUGAAUCAAGGGUUUGUGAAGGAUGCAGAAGAGAUUUUCAAUUCAACUAAAGUGAAGGAUAUUGUAGUUUAUAAUGCUAUGGUGGAAGGUUUAAGCCGAUCAGCGGAAACAGCUAAGAGAGCUGUUGACAUGUAUAUUUUGAUGCAACGAGCCGGUUUCCAUCCGAAUAUUUCAUCUUUUGCUAGCGUGAUUGGAGCGUGUUCGGUUUUGGCAUCCCAUGAAGUCGGUCAGCAAGUGCACGCUCAGAUUAUGAAAACUGAAGUCUAUACGCAUAUCAAAAUGGGGAGUUCUUUGGUAGACAUGUAUGCCAAAUGCGGAGGAAUCGAUGAUGCAAGAAGAGUCUUUGACCAAAUGCAAGAGAAAAACGUCUUUUCUUGGACUUCGAUGAUCGAUGGAUAUGGAAAGAACGGAAAUCCUGAGGAAGCACUUGGACUCUUCUGUAGGAUGAAGGAAUUUCAUAUAGAACCCAAUUAUGUAACCUUUCUUGGAGCUCUCUUUGCUUGUUCACAUUCUGGAUUAGUUGAGAAAGGCUAUGAGAUAUUCGAGAGCAUGCAGAGAGAUUAUUCUAUGAAACCAAAGAUGGAACACUAUGCUUGCAUGGUUGAUCUCAUGGGACGCGCUGGAGAUUUGAAUAAAGCUUUGGAAUUUGUUGAAGCAAUGCCAGAAAGGCCUAACGCAGAUGUUUGGGCUGCUCUUCUCAGUUCUUGUCAACUGCACGGUGAUGUGGACCUCGCAAGCAUAGCCGCGAAUGAGCUUUUCAAACUAAAUGCUGAUAAAAGACCUGGAGCGUAUUUAGCACUUUCCAAUGUUUUAGCUUCCGCUGGUAAAUGGGGAAAAGUGAGUGAGAUCCGGGAGCUGAUGAAGGCUCGAAAGAUAUCUAAAAACAUUGGUCGUAGUUGGAUCAGUGCCGAUAAAGCUCAAUGA